GUUUAUUUCCAAGCCGGUGAGGGUAUAAACAUGAUGAGCGAUCAAGCUGUUGUUUUUAAAGUUCAUUGACGCAAAUURACUAAGAGCUAAAGGCUUCUGAGUYACCAUGAGAUUCUCAUACACACCAGAGUUGAUAUAUCUAGCCUGUUUAUUAUGGAGUAGAGUUUUAGCGCUGGGUGAUCAGUGUUUUUGCCAGCUUACUGGAAAAAUCGAGGAAUGUUGUUGUGACGUUGAAACUGUGGACAAAAUAAAUAAAGAUAUUUAUCCAUUAAUCAGUCAAAUUGUCAAAAGAAAUUACUUCAAGUUCUUCAGGGUUAAGCUGGACAGACCUUGCCCCUUUUGGUCAAAUAGUGGACAAUGUGCUAUGAAACACUGCAGUGUGCAACCUUGUAAAGAGGAUGACAUACCAGAAGGAGUAAAAGCUGAAGGGAAAAGGAAUAAAAAUGUAAAUAGAUAUAGUAAAUCAAAAAAUCCACCAAGUAAAGAGAAGCAAAAGGGAGAAACUGGUGACAUGUGUACUGAUGCUGACAAUACAACCCUUGGUGAUAUUGAUAGUACUAUUAGUGACCAAGAUAAGCUAGCCUUUGAGUCAUGGCAUCAACAUGACAAUGUAGAAGUUAACUUCUGCCAGCUUGAUGAUGAGUCAACGGACGGCAUGGAAUAUGUAGACUUGUUAAGAAAUCCAGAGAGAUAUACUGGGUACAAAGGUCCAUCGGCACACAGGAUAUGGAAUAGUAUAUACCAGGAGAAUUGCUUUAAGCCUAAGAAUUCACGCAAUGGGAAAGGAUACAAAAAAUUGYUAACAAAAAGUCUUGACAGCAUGUGUCUUGAGAAGAGAGUAUUUUAUAGAGUUAUAUCAGGUUUACAUGCAAGCAUAAAUAUCCAUCUAUCAGCCAUCUACCUAUUCCCAGGGAAGUUUGGAUUACAGAAACCGCAAUGGGGAACAAACUUAGAAGAAUUUACACAAAAAUUCAGUGCUGAUAGCACUGAUGGCCAAGGUCCUGUUUGGCUGAAGAAUCUGUACUUUACCUACACGCUGGUUCUGAGGGCAAUCACAAAGGCAGCUCAAUAUUGGAGCUUUGAACAGUUCUACACUGGUGAAUACAGUGAAGAYGAAGAGACACAUAAGUUGAUUCAGGAUCUUCUUGCCAAGUCAAGAACUUGCCCAAGCACUUUUGAUGAGACAGUUAUGUUUAAGGAUCCAGCUACUGCAACUAUCUUGAAGGAGGAGUUCCGACAACAUUUCUUGAAUGUGUCUCGUAUUAUGGACUGUGUUGGAUGUGAAAAGUGUCGMCUUUGGGGUAAAUUACAGGUCCAGGGGCUUGGUACAGCAUUAAAGAUCUUGUUUUCUGGCAAUCAGUUUGAUAACAAUGACUUCUACAUCACAGACAGUUUCCAUCUUAAGAGAACUGAAAUUGUGUCCUUAUUCAAUGGCUUUGCAAGACUGUCAAAUAGCAUAAAUUAUCUUAAACAGUUCAAAAAUAUGGACCAUGAGAAACACAAGUCACACCAAACAACAUCUUCUGCAAAAGGAGAGUUAUAGACUGAAGGUGUUUUAACAGUUUAGCAGUUUAAAAACUGCUACUGUAGCUCAAAAACAAAUCAUCAGAGAACAAAAGAUUGAUAAACUAAAAUAUCCUACAUGUAAUUCAAAUGGUCACAUAACAGCAAAGUAGUGCACUUCAGGGGUCAUGAUCAACUGGCAUUCAGUGUAAUUGUGUUUAAGAUUUUUCAUGUCAUGCAUAAAUGAGUUAAUCCAGUCGCAAUAUUGCAAUUUCCAUCGGUUGGUUUUGAGCUCAAAUGUGACAAGUUUUCCAUUCAUAGCUCGCAUAAAGGGAUAAAUCAGACAGUAUUAAAAUACAUCUGAUGAGUGCGUAGCACGAAACUUGGA